AUCUUAAUGUACAAUCCAUUAUACUGGAAGAAUAUUUUUAUGAUAUGUGUGGCCCAACAAGGCGACAAUAACUCCUAGUAUCUCUAACAUAACAUUGUUCAAGGCGCUACAUUAUGGUUACCUAGAUAAUGGCGCUAACCCUUUUUAGUAUACCGCCCAACUAUUCUGCCACAUAAAUAUGAGGUACAGUAGGCAAAUAUCAUUAUUACUGAACACAACAGACACGGAGCAGUAACUAGAUUCUCUCAUCAAAAGGGCAUUCUCCCAAUAACACUUCUAUCUUCGGUUUGCUCUCUUGAGUUCCCUUACGCGCCUGCUUCCUCUAUCAUGGCAUCCUGUUUCCAUAUAGAUACCACAGACUUAAAGCCACCUGGAUCAUCACAAGCUGUGUAUCGUGAAGAUUGCACGCAAUGUUUUGAUUCCAUUGUAUGUCCUUAUCACCCUGUUCUACCUCCCUUCUGACCUAUUUAUCAAAGGAUGACGAAACUGGCCUGAAUGUCUGCCUUGACUGUUUCAAUGGGGGUUGCACAGGAGACAGAGACCAUGCCCUUCUUCACUAUCAACGUUUUGGUCAUCCUCUAGCGCUCAAUAUCAAAAGGGUGAGGAAGAAACUGCAGCGCGAUGAACCCCCUCAUAAAAUGUCAAAACUCGCAAUUGCGGCCGAAACGGACGAAGACCGCUAUGAAACUACCACGAAGAUCAUGUGUUAUGCGUGCUGUAAAGAUGAUCUUGAUGGGUCCAGUAGCAAACUGGCUCAAGUUGUUGAUGGCGUGAUGAACGCUCUGGCAUUUUCUCAGAGGGAAGAAGUUAAAGCUUGGGAGCAAGAAUUUGUCCCUUGCGAACACACGCUUUGCUUGGUUCAACAGGAAAACAGGCAAGUUGACUCCAAAGAUCUUACUCGAUGUUCGAUGUGUGACCUUAGGGAAAACCUCUGGCUUUGCUUAGAAUGUGGUAAUCUUGGUUGUGGACGCAGUCAGUUUGGUGGAGUCGGAGGUAACUCCCAUGCUCUUGCACAUUCAAGUGAAACAUCCCACGCUGUUGCUGUCAAGCUUGGCUCGAUCACUGCAGAGGGAUCUGCAGACAUCUAUUGCUAUCAGUGUAACGAGGAAAGGGUAGACCCAUAUAUCUCUUCCCACCUCUCUCACUGGGGAAUAAACCUAAAGGACCGUGAGAAGACGGAGAAGAGCCUCAUGGAGAUGCAGAUUGAACAUAAUUUAAAGUGGGAGUUCUCCAUGACGACUGAGGAUGGCCAUGAGCUGAAGCCAGUCUUUGGACCAGGCUUCACAGGCCUUAUUAAUAUGGGAAAUAGCUGCUAUCUUUCAAGCAUUAUACAAUGCCUUUUUUCCCUGGAAGAAUUUCAGAAGAGGUACUUCCAUCCAAUGGAGGAGCCUCCUUUGUCUGCAGACCCGGCUCAUGAUCUUGAAACACAAAUGCGAAAACUUGCAGAUGGCAUUCUCUCUGGUCGAUAUUCGAAGGCUGAGACGAACAUCAACGCGUCCCCAGACUCACCAGAGGUCCCCCACCAGAAAGGUAUAGCUCCAACGAUGUUCAAACAUCUUGUUGGGCGCUGCCACGAGGAGUUUUCUACAAUGAGGCAGCAGGAUGCUUUUGAAUUUCUGCUCCACCUGUUCAAACUUGUCAGCCUAUCUAGGCACACCGAUAAACAGUUGAAUCCUAUCCAAUCUUUCCGUUUUCUAGUCGAACAGCGCCUUCAGUGUAUGUCCUGUAAUAAGGUACGAUACCGCGUUGAUGAGCAGGACAACAUUUCCAUUCCAGUACCUGCACGCCGAUUUCCUUGUGCAGACGACCCAUCUCUCUCCAAUGACAAGGCUCCGGUUGAUCUAUUUGAACCGGUUACCCUUCAAGAAUGUCUGGAUAAUUUCACUGCGGAGGAAAUAGUGGAACUCAAUUGCCCUUCUUGUGGCAGUAAGGAUGGCUUCCGCAAGCGUUCGUUGUUCAAGUCUCUACCACAACAACUGGUCAUCAAUGCUCGUCGGUUUGAAUUGAUUAAUUGGGUCCCUACUAAACUUGACAUACCCGUGGAGGUAGGCGAAGAGCCAUUGGAUUUCAGUCUUUAUAUGUCAUGUGGUCCUGAGGAGGGCGAGGAAUUACUUCCAGAUAAUGAGACCCCACAAGGGAGGUUCGAGCCAAAUGAAAUUGCUUUUCAGCAGCUUCUUGGUAUGGGAUUUCCGGAAAAGAGGAUUGAGAAAGCACUACACGCAACUGGAAAUUCAGAUGCGGAAUCGGCAAUGAAUUGGCUGUUAGCCCAUAUGGAAGACCCAGACAUUGACGAGCCACUUGUUUUGGAUAUCAAUGAGAAGAAUGAUGGGAACCAGGAUCCGGUCAAGAUUGCAGCAUUAAGUGAAAUGGGCAUUGAUGUCCCCCGUGCUAAAAGAGCAUUGGCUGCGACGAAUGGCGAUGUGAACCGGGCCCUGGACUGGGUUUUUAGCCACCCUGAUGAUGACGGCGGGGAUGGAAAUGAUGGUGGCUCUUCAAACACCGACGCUCAAUUGCGGGAAACGUCCGGUUUUGAUGCCGUUCCGGCCAAGUACCAACUUCGGUCUAUUGUCUGCCACAAGGGCUCAUCGGUUCAUGCAGGUCAUUAUGUGGCGUUUGUACGUAAAGCGCUGCCUGGCAAAAGUGAACUAUCUUGGGUAAUGUUCAAUGAUGAAAAGGUGGUCAAAGUUGAUGAUGUGAGAGAGAUGAAGCAAUUCGCCUAUCUUUAUUUCUUUACUCGGGUUUAGAAAAUGAGUUCAUCUUCAAGAAAAAUCAAUAGCAU